GGCAUUAAAAUGUUUCAUUCCAUUUCGCUUCACAAUUUCGCAAGAGAGCGUCGAAGGCUGAAGAACGAAUAGGCUUAAACCCCAUUUCCGAAACCCUUGGAGUAUUUUAAAAAAACCAGUAGGCUUCUUACCAUUUUCAAAACCCUUGAAUUCUUUAAGAACGAGUACACUUAAUACCCAUUUCCAAAUAUCCUUUGAAUACUUAAACCUGAAACUUUUGAUGUUGCACGGGAAUCUGUCAUAGUUUUCUGAUAUCUUUUGAAUAAAAUUCUUUUCAUUCCUUAUCCAUGCAGCAUUUUGCACUUGCAAGACUUAUUCUGCAACGCUUUGUUGGGUAGAAAUCUCAACACAAAAUGAGAGCUGUUCGUUUUGCUUCAUACUUUUUUCCAUUGAAAAAUCGGUGGGUCUCAGCAAGAAAUAUUGCAGAAGUAUCAACUGAACUAGAACACAAGAACCCGACUCCAAAAAGACAGGCCCGAGUGCACAAAGUUGAACCCCAGUCACAUGUAUAUGCGACUUCUGAUUUCCACGAUCAUCGUGCGAUGCAACUGGUAUUCCUUGGCACCUCAUCAUCUGUGCCCACAUGCAAUAGAAACAAUUCAUGUAUUGCUCUCAGAUUAGUUGGGACAGUCUACCUUUUUGACUGUGGUGAAGGUGCCCAGAAGCAGAUCAUAAAAACUCCUUUUCAACAGCGUGGGGUUGACAAGAUAUUUAUCACUCAUAUGCAUGGUGACCAUAUAUUUGGGCUUCCAGGUGUUUUGAUUGGAUUAACACUUUGUCCAUCAAAGGGGAAGGAUCCCAUUGAAAUUUAUGGUCCACAAGGCCUACGGAAUUGGCUUCGGGUCACUCUGAAUGCAUCAUAUGUGAGGGUGCCCACUAAAUAUGUAGUGCAUGAGUUAAUCUUGAAAAAGGAUAGCAGUACCAAGUUUUCUCUAGAAAGCCACAAGAAAGAGGUCCUGCAUGAAGAUGAACUCCAAGGAAGGGAUAUUUAUCAGUCUAAAGAUGGUUUAUGGGAUUUGUUUUCAGAUGGCAACUAUAGAGUGCAAGCAGGUCUAGUGAAACACAGUAUACCAUGCUGGGGUUUUGUUUUGGAAGAGCAUACACGUAUUGGAAGAUUCAUGGUGGAACAUGCUGAGCGAUUGGGUGUAGAACCGGGUGAAAAGCGUGCUUUACUCCAACAGGGUCAAUCUGUUUUUGUGGAUGGAAAACAGAUAAAGCCCUCUGAUGUUCUUGGUCCUCCUCGUAGGGGUCGAAAAGUUGCAAUGGCUGGAAAAUUUGCCAGAAUAAUCAAUGCCGAGAGUCUAAUCUUAACCCACUUUGGUGGAAAAUUCACUACUGCCAAUUGUAUAAAUAAUUCGGUGAAUGCUGCAAGAAAGGCUUUUGGAAAAACUAAUGUGUUGGCUGCAAGUGAUUUACUUGCGGUGACAAUUCGGUUCCCAGAUGAUGAUCAUGUCUAAUAUUCUGUUCCUACCAAAAGCUACAGGAUGCAUUGAUCUUUGAUGAAGUUUUUAUUAUCAUCACAAGAUCUUGGACCGUAUAUAGAGAAAUUUGUUGCGAAUGGGGGCUAAUUGUUGCAAUCAAAAUAAUCAAGGGGUUUUUCGACUGCAAGUUUCUGAAUUAUAAAGUGCUCUCAGCUUGAUGUCGAAACAGAGGCAUGGAAGGAUUUGCUUGACAGAGAUUUUUUAUAUUUACUUGAAUCGAUAUAUAUUCUUUAAGAGGGAUCUUUAAGAAGGGGUUAUAUGGAACCAUGAGACGAACUAUUUUUCUGAAAUAGGGGUCCCAUGAGAAGAAGAAAAUUAUGCUACAGGACAAAAUUGAAUCUGAUGCAAGAAAAUAAGAGCUGUUACUUUUUACAAUUUAGAUUUAAGCGGGCAUCUUUAGGGUGGCAAUCAAAAGAUCAUGUAUGAUAUACAGUCUUGGGUAUUAUUUAAAUUUGUGGGCAAAGAUACAGACAGCAUGCUAGGAAUGCAUGGAAUGCUUCCAUCUACCGUGCAUUUCAGAGCUCAAGCUAGUUACACUGCAUCUUCUCUUGUUUUUGCACUGUAUCUUCCCUUGUUUUUAUUUUUAUUUUGAAGAAUUCUUCAUAUAAAAGGUCCCUUUUAACCUUACAUUAUCCACAAUUACUGUAGCAACCUUGAACGCAAAGAGUUAACCCUAUAUUAUAUGAUAAGCAAUCUUGCCAGAAUUUAAUUA